AUGAGUCUUAAGGAAUGUGAAGAAUUGCGUUUGAAAAAUUGCUUAUGCAAAGCAUAUGCAAAUUUAGAUAUUAGGAAUGGAGGCAAUGGCUGCUUGCUUUGGUUUGCUGACUUGGUUGAUUUAGUAGUACUUCAAAUGGGUGGGCAAGACCUCUAUAUUCGUGUGGCUGCUUUAGUACUGGGAAUGAAUAUAAGAUGCCAAAAUGAUUAUAACAAUGAAGACAAGAAGGAAGAUAUGGAGUUACCGAUAUUUGAUUUGACAAUCAUAUCUAAUGCCACUGAUAACUUUGCAAGCAACAACAAGUUAGGAGAAGGUCGCUUUGGAUCUGUAUACAAGGGGGGGGGGGGGCAAGAAAUAGCUGUAAAGAGACUUUCAAAGAAUUCUGAACAAGGAUUGAACGAGUUCAGAAACGAAGUUAUAAUAAUUUCCAAACUCCAACACCACAAUCUUGUGAAGCUGCUCGAUUGUUGCAUUCAAAAAAAUGAAAAAUUGUUGAUCUACGAAUACAUGCACAACAAAAGCUUGGGACUCAUUUAUUUUUUGUUUGACCAAACAAAGAGUAAACUACUUGAUUGGUGUAUGUGCCACAACAUUAUUGGUGGCAUUGUUAGAGGGCUUCUUUACCUUCAUGAAGACUCUAGAUUGAGAAUUAUUCAUAGAGAUCUCAAAGUUAGCAAUAUCCUACUAAAUAAUAAUAUGAACCCAAAAAUUUCUGACUUUGGCCUAGCUAUAGCAUUUGGGGGAGAUCAAAUAAAGGCUAAUGCCAAUAGGAUUGUUGGAACAUAUGGUUAUAUGCCUCCAGAGUAUGCCAAGUAUGGACAUUUCUUAGUGAAAACUUAUGUUUUUAGCUUUGGAGUCUUAGUACUAGAGAUUGUGAGCGGGAAGAAGAACAAGGAAUUUUGUAACUUUGGCCAAUGCCUUAAUCUUCUAGGAUAUGCAUGGAGACUAUGGAUUGAAGAUAGGCCAACGGAACUUAUAGAUGAAUUCUUAAUCUCAGGUGACUCGUGCAUUUUAUCUGAAGUGUUACGAUGCAUUCAUGUGGGUUUGUUAUGUGUGCAACAAAGACCAGAAGAUAGGCCAAACAUUUCAUCCGUGGUUCUAAUGUUAAGCAGUGGGAAUUCAUUGCCUAAUCCAGGGCAGCCAGGUUUUUAUACAGAAAAGGCUCCACUUGCAGAACAUUAUUCAUCAAGAAAGCUUGAAGCAUCUUCAACAAAUGAAAUCACCUUUACAUUGUUAGAAGCAAGGUAGGAUAUAGUCACUUGAGACUUGUCGGCAAAAAGGAGUGACCAAAGAGGAAAGAUGCAAGGUGCUGUUGUCCAUGACAAAAUGUAUGGUCUAAUAAAAAAGAGUUAAUAGCUUUCAUUCAGAGGGAUGAAGCUUUUACAAAGAAACUUGUUUAUUUGUUUGCUUGCUGGUGAAGGAAGUCUGAUCAGUCUAAGAAGGAAUACUGGACUUUUGAAGGCAUUAAGCUUCUAUUGAUUUCACUUAAAUCUCUGUUCCUGUCAACUUUGUAUGAUUGUAUG